CGAAAUCUCUAUUUCUCGGAAACGACUUUUGCGAGGGCAAGUUUCAAAAACUGAAGCAAAAUUUGAUUUAUCAUUUAAGAAUAAGAGAAUUCUAAAGCAGGAAGCAAUGGCUACUGAACUACGAAAGAAUGAAACUUUAGAAACAGACGAGGAGAAGAACACGGAAGAGCCAGAGGAACAGUUGUCGGAUUCACCUCCAUCGAUUAAUGAAGAAGCAGAGAACAAACACGAGUUUUCCAGUCCCUGGCAAAACAGUGACCUUGUUCUYAUCAUAGAAGAUCAGAAGAUUCAUGUUCACCGGAUCAUCCUACAGAUGACCUCACCAGUGUUGUGCAAUUUUUUAAAGGAGACAGAUUCAAAUGAAGUUCCUUUAUUGAGGACAAAUGUCAACGAUUUUGUUGAUCUUUUGAGGGUGAUUUAUCCUCAGUUUAAAAACAAAAUUAAUUCGUUUUUCCUUACUACAGUGGAAAACAUAGAACAAAUCUACAGACUUGCAGAAGAAUACCAAAUCGAGAGUGUAAUGGAAGUCUGUAGGGAACACUUGAUACACGUCAAGAAGACGAGCACGAAUGCCAUGAAAAUACUAGUGACAGCCCAAGUGUGUAAUGUCCAUGAAGCCCGCAAACAAUGCUACGAAAUCUUAAAAGGUUUGACCGUGGAUGAGUUGAAAAAUGAUGAUUAUUUCGAAGACCUGGACGAGGAAAGUCAGAGAAACGUUCUUCUGCCAAAAGCUGAGCGACUUGAAAAGUGCCUGAGAGAGAUUCAGCCACAGUUGGUUGGAUUGAUUGACUGUGUUUUGUAUCUGUGGUUCAGCAGUGAAGACAAGAUCAAACUCAUGGGUGGAUCACCCAAAAAAUGUCCAGUGCAUCAACAAUAUGCCAAGGCAAGCACAUCCAUGCAAACAAGAAUCAAAUGUUCUGCCUGUAGAGCGAUGUUUGCACAAAUGGCAAAUCAAUCAGGAUGUAUGCAACAUGAAAGGCUGACAAGUAGGAUGACUACGGCAACCAGACAACAUUACUACAGUGUAACUGGGGCGUACUUCAACGAAACAAUUGUGAAUGUCUUGCAAGAGAUGUUCAGCCUCUUAAACUGAACGUACUAGAAACAUUUCUACUGAACUAAGAAGACCAGAACCCCUGUUAACUUUAAUCAACCUUUUACCAAUUUAUUAAUCAUUAAGUAACUCGAUCCCUUUAGUCAAUCAUAGUCAAUAACACGUGUUCUCAUAAGUAUUAAGUUUGCUACUCGACGCCUACUAGGUAUUCCCAACAUUUCGAAUCAAUUCUACUCUUCAAUUAGCCAUUCUACCUACGUACACCAAAGUAAGUGAUUAGUGAAUGACUUAGCUUAGAAUAGUACUCUUAUUUUUUACUUUUUUAUGUUUCUAAGAUGAUUCACAUUGUAUCCAUUGUACGCUAGAUCAAUGUAUGAUUUGUAAGAUCGAUCAACCAAAUUUAAGAAUUAAUUUAGGACAAAUCGUUGUUUAAUACGUUACAGCAUCGAAUAUAGCCAACUCAUAAUAACCAGUUUAAUUACUUUCAAAUUAAUAUGUAGUAUUUUUUAUCUCUAUUUCAGUUCGAACCAGUUUUAUAAUCGUGUUGUGCUAUAACUAAUUCAAGCUCCAAUAAAUCUACGGCAAUAUAAUCUGA